AUGACAAAACAGUUAUUUCAGAGGAAAAUGUUAAAUGGUGAAUUCGCAUUACGUUCAUGGCUUGUAUAUUCUAAAAGUAAAGGUGUAGUAUUUUGUGGGCCUGUUCGUUUAUUUGAAAAAAGUUUAAACAAAAUUCAACUUGUAACAGAGGGUUAUAAUGACUGGAAAAAUGCCAAUCAGCGUUUCAAUUGGCAUGAAAAUAGCCAAGAAAAUAAAAAUUCAAUUAUAAAAUUAAAAUUACGAGGUAAAGAACUCGGAAAAAUUGAUAACAGUGUAGUACUACAACUACAGGAAGAGACUAUAUUAUACUGGAGGAAUGUUUUAAAAAGGAUAGUUGCUACAAUAAAAUCACUAACUUCUCGUGGAUUACCGUUACGUGGUCAUAAUUCUAUUUUUGGCUCUAAUUACAAUGAAAACUAUAUGAUGUCUUUAGAAUUAUUAGCUCAAUUCGAUUCAUUUUUAGCAGAUCAUAUUGCACGUUUUAGUAAUAAAGGAAGCGGUACAACUUCUUAUUUAUCACACAGUAUUUGUGAUGAGUUUAUACAAUUAAUUACGAAAAAAAUGAAAAAUACUAUAAUACAAGAGUUAGUGAAAUCUAAAUACUUUUCAAUAAGCGUAGAUUCUACCCCAGAUAUCUCUCAUGUAGACCAACUUUCUUUUAUGGUGAGAUAUGUACAACGGCGAGCCUAUUGA